CCCGUUCUCAACAUUAACUGAAAAAGGAUAGAUCUGAAAGUGGGGGACUUCUAAAGGAUAUUAGCUCAGCCGGGACCAAAGUUCCCCUUUCUCUAAGACUUUUAAUCAUUUAUUGAAGAUUGUUUUAACCAAAAUGGGACGCCAUUUGCUUAUGAUUGCUUCCAUUUUAUAUGUAAUGAUGUACCAGGGUUUUUGUUCUGGUGUUUUCGAGCUGAAGCUACAGGAGUUCUUAAACAAGAAAGGAGUGAUGGGCAAUGCGAACUGCUGCAGAGGAGAAGCGAUGUCUGCAAUCCAGCAGUGUCAAUGUAAAACAUUUUUUAGAAUCUGCUUGAAGCAUUACCAAGCUAACGUGUCUCCCGAGCCACCCUGUACCUACGGUGGCACGGUGACCCCAGUCCUCGGGUCCAAUUCAUUUCAGGUUCCUGAAACAACGUCGGAUAACAUUUUCACCAACCCAAUACGAUUCGUCUUCGGAUUCACAUGGCCUGGGACAUUCUCACUCAUCAUUGAAGCUCUUCACACUGAUUCCACAGAUGAUCUUUCAACAGAAAACCCUGAACGUCUGAUCAGUCGUAUGACAACCCAGAGACACCUUACUGUAGGAGAAGAAUGGUCCCAGGAUCUUCAUACGGGGGGAAGAACCGAAUUGAAAUACUCAUACCGCUUCGUCUGUGAUGAGCAUUACUAUGGUGAUGGUUGCUCUGUGUUCUGCCGUCCACGAGACGAUGCCUUCGGUCACUUCACCUGCGGGGAGCGUGGCGAGAUUGUUUGUAAUUCAGGAUGGAAAGGACAAUACUGCACAGACCCAAUAUGUCUCCCUGGCUGUGAUGAGGAGCAUGGGUUUUGUGACAAACCUGGUGAAUGCAAAUGCAGAGUUGGUUUCCGAGGACGUUACUGCGAUGACUGCAUCCGAUACCCUGGCUGCUUGCAUGGUACCUGCCAACAGCCAUGGCAGUGUAACUGUCAAGAGGGUUGGGGUGGCCUCUUCUGCAACCAGGAUCUCAAUUACUGUACGCACCACAAGCCCUGCAUGAAUGGAGCCACUUGUACCAAUACUGGUCAGGGGAGUUACACCUGCUCCUGCAAGCAUGGCUUCACAGGGGCCAGCUGCGAAAUUGCGGUCAACGAAUGCUCUGACAGCCCCUGCCGGAAUGGUGGAAGCUGCACUGAUUUGGAGAAAACCUACAUUUGUGCCUGUCCCCCUGGUUUCUAUGGAAAAAGCUGUGAGCUGAGCGCUGUGUCAUGUGCUGAUGGGCCAUGUUUCAAUGGUGGGCGAUGUGGUGAUAACCCUAACAGGGGGUACUACUGUCAGUGCCCAAUGGGUUACGCUGGCUUCAACUGUGAGAAGAAGAUAGAUCAUUGCACCUCAAGCCCAUGCUCCAACGGUGCCCAGUGUCUUGAUCUCGUCAACUCGUACAUGUGCCAGUGCCCUGAAGGAUUCUCUGGACUGCACUGUGAAGAAAACCUGGAUGAAUGUUCUGUCUAUCCCUGCCAGAAUGGAGGCACGUGCCAGGAUGGCAUGAAUGACUACACUUGCACCUGCCCCCCAGGGUAUGUUGGCAAGAACUGCAGUGUGCCCAUCAGCAAGUGCAAACACAACCUGUGUCACAAUGGGGCCACUUGUCAUGAGAGGGACAGCCGCUAUGUCUGCGCCUGCAUCCCUGGCUAUGGGGGCCGCAACUGCCAGUUUUUGCUGCCGGAGCAAUCCGUAAGCAAACUUGACUUCAGUGAUCCUGACAAAAAGUACCUGGACAGCCGCAAAAACACAGUCCCCUGGUUGGCCAUGUGCUCUGGGAUCAUCUUGGUGCUGCUGCUGUUGGCAGGAUGCAUGGUUCUAGUGGUAUGCUUCCGGGUGAAAGUGCAGCAUGGGAACCGAGCAGCUGAUAGCCAGAGUGAGAGUGAGACCAUGAACAACCUUGCCAGUAACUGCCACCGGGAGAAGGGUACCUCAGUCAGUGUCAUCGGGGAUGCCCCGAUCAAGAACACCAACAAGAAGGUGGACUUCCACAGUGAUAAUGGCAGCGGCGAUAAAGCCUGCUACCCACCCGUGGAUUAUAAUCUUGUGCAUGAGCUGAAGCAUGAGGACUCAUCAAAAAAGGAGCAGGAGAGGGGCAAGUCCAAAUGUGGAGAAAAUGGUGAAGAAGCAAAGUCCGAAGCUGUAGACUGUGAGCUUGAAGACAAAUACAAAAAGGAAAGCAACGACACAGAAAAUAAACGUCCAGAGUUAAUGUGCAAAGACACAAAAUACCAGUCCGUGUAUGUCAUAUCUGAUGAGAAAGAUGAAUGUAUAAUUGCAACUGAAGUGUAAUGUGCCACUACAAAGCUGUUGCUCGUUUGCUCUACGGGAGGUUUUACUCCGUUGAAUGCUGCUCAAACCGGAGGGAAGGUUUCCCUCACGUGGCUGCUGCUGUGGGACUAGGACUUUGAAACUGAUAUUCAGAAUGAGCUGGUUCUCUCCUGAAGUAAGCACAGUGACUGACUGCAUCGAACAGUGGAUGUUGGGCCAUACUGGCCCCACUCUCUCAAGGUUGUAUUCCAGGAACAUGGUCUUGUUGCACUGCCUGUGAGGACAGUUUACCUCAUUGCACUAUGGACAGUUGCUUUUAACUGAGAAUGUGUAUGUAACACAUAAAAUAGACUUGAUCACUGUGUAAAAGAGGUCUGCACUGUCUGUAGUGCACAAUUUAAAGCCCUCUAAGCCAAAUCUGCAAUGUAUGCAGGUUUAAAGAUGGAAAUAAUGCGAAAUAAAUAGUGUUCAAAUGCAAAUACUUUUUGAAGUAUUUUUUUAUUUAAUUUAUUUUUUUGUUAAUGAACGUAUUUUUUUGUGGAGUUCAAUUUCAUUAUUUAAGUUUGUUUUUGCAAAUAUGUACAAAGGCACUUCGGGUCAAUGUGACU